CUUUAAUAAGCGCAACCAUUCGUCGGGUGCUAUUUUGCCUCCUCAACACAACACCAGACGCGUACUAUUCCCGGACGUCGGUGAUUAUUUGCCGAAAUGGCAGUGUGAAAGUGCAGCGACCCAGCAGCAGCCAACAAAACAGUGCAUCCAACCAGUGCACUGACUUACAUCUAAUUCAGCGAAAAUGUCGUCCCACGUGGAAACCCUCAGCACUGCUGCACACGACAGCAACAAAGAAUUUGGCACCUUCAGAACGUUGUCACGCACUCCUCUUGUGACCAACAACAGCCACUAUGACCAUGAUGAUGACAAGCUCACUGUUUGGCCUGGAAGACAUGGAGGCCCUUCUGUGGGAGCCUUCCUCUCCCAUGGCUGACGCCGUGGGAUCUGUUGCAGUUCACCCUGAGCAAGAAGACCAUCGCAAAGGAGGACAAACCUCAGUGGAUGGAGUCGCAGCAUCACCAUUCAACUCCUCAUUUCUAUCUUCUUCCUCUCCCCCUCCCUUCUAUUCUCCCCGUCAUUCACCUUCGACUGUCCUCCAGGAGAAAACUGGGGUUUCAUCUGACCCACUCCCGUUCCCCUGGUUGGCACAAUCUGUGCAGUUGAGAGAUACUGAGGUGGUCUCAGCUGACAGCAAAGAUGUGUUUGGUGACUUGGACUGGAUGGCUGAAAGGGUGGAUCUCCACGACUUUGACCUGGACUCUCUGAUAGGUGCCUGCAGUCCCACUGAGGAAUAUCCCAGUGAUCCAGAUGACCUCCUAGCCUCCCUUGAUUGCCCCAUUGAGCUCGACUCACUCCCAAUCCACACUAUUUCAAGUCUUGCUCCUCCUUCACCAAAUAUUUCUCACUCCCCCUCAGUUGGUUCUGAUCCAGUUAUCUCCUCAGUAGAGCCAGAGCCGGCAUCCCACAAUGAUGCGUGUAGUGUUCCCUCCCCUUCCCCAUCUAUGACAGAACCCCAAGAGGAGUUCGAAAUAAAAUCAGAACCGGUCUCUGCUGACUCAAGUUGUUCCUCUCCAUAUGACGACUCGCCCUCCUCCCCUACAUACACCCUGGACCUAGGUAGUGAAGUGGAUGUGCACAUGGAUGAGGUGAAGUCAGUGGUAGAGACUGUGGUGCCUCAGGUCCAGAGGAUUGUGCUCUCCCUUUCACCAACCCGAAUUGUCCUUGUGCUGGCUACUAAAGAUGAUGGGAGGGUGCCCACCACUUUAUCCACUCGGUCUAACGUUAGUCAUUCCUCUCCGCCAGCCUCUCCUCCAACAAGGACCUCCAGAGCCCAACCAUACCCUGAUCCCAAACAAAAAGAUAGUCCCCACUUCCCUACUGUCAAAGUUAAGGCAUUCCCAGGUGCAGAUAAAAAAGAGACUUUGAAGGCGCCAAAGAACAAGAAAUUAAAGAAGAUGGAGCAGAAUAAAACUGCAGCCACUCGUUACCGUCAGAAAAAAAGGGCAGAGCAGGAUUCCCUGUCGACGGAGUACUCUCUGCUGGAGAGGAAGAAUAUGGAGCUGAAAGGAAAGGCUGAAUCAAUGGCGAGAGAGAUUGAGUACCUCAAAGAGCUCAUGGAGGAAGUCCGUCUGGCAAUGUUGAAAAGCGGACACUGAGUACUGACAGGAUGUAGCAGAUG